AUGCAUGCAAUAGGUUUUUGGCACGAGCAGAGUAGACCCGAUAGAGAUCAAUAUGUGACAAUUAUUUGGGAUAAUCUGUCUCGGAAAGCUCGUGUCAACUUCAAGAAAUAUGGGCGCGAUAGAGUUGAUAGCCUUGGUGUUUCAUACGAUCUGAAAUCUAUUAUGCAUUACUCAGAAAGUGCGUGGACAGGAAGUAAAGACAGAAUUUCAAUAAAAACUAAAGACCCAAAGCUCCAACACCUAAUUAGAGGAGACCGAACGUUAAAUGGAUUCAGUGAACUUGACAUUAAACAGAUCAGAUUGCUGUACAAGUGCAAUGGAAACCAGCCAGUGACUGACCAACCAACAGUUUCAUCGUGUGUGGACUACUACAACAAUUGCCAGAACUAUGAUCAUUACUGCAAAAACUUGCCUGGAACUGCAACAAGAAAAUGGAUGGAGAAAGACUGUAGAAAGACAUGUGGAUUUUGCUCGUAAUUUUGUUCAUCAAUUUAAUAGUGUAGUAUCAAGAAACAUAUAU